CCGCCCGCCUGCCCGCGGGGCCCGGAGCGAGCGAGCGAGCGAGGGAGGCGGCUCCGCUCUCGGCCCCGCCGUGACACGGGUGUGGGGAGCUGCCCGGUCCGGUCCGGUCCCCGUGCUGUCCGCGAGGGCCGGCGUGCGCACGGGGCUGGCUCGCAGCUCCUUUCCCACGGGACCAACGGGACUGGUGAUGCCAUUAAGUAUCUCACUGAAUCUCUUCAGUCUGUCGGUGAAUUAGAGCUGGAAGAUGCCAUCGAGAACAUCAUUGAAGCUGUUGAAAAACAGCCUUUGUCAACCAAUAUGAUUGAACUAUCCACAGUGGAAGCAGCAGUCCAAGAAUGUAGCCAGUCAUUAGAUGAAACGAUAGAAAACGUUUUCAGUAUUAUUGGGGCCUUCGAUGUUCCACGUUAUAUUUAUAAUUCAGAAAGGAAGAAGUUUCUACCUCUAUCAAUGACUAGCCAUCCUCCACCAAAUUUAUUUGGAACCGCCAGGGAUAAAGCAGAGUUGUUUCGUGAACGAUAUACUAUGUUGCAGCAGAGGACUCAUAGACAUGAGCUGUUUACUCCCUCUGCGAUUGGUGCUCAACCUGAUGACGGCAGGAACAAAUUCCAGCUUAAAACAAUAGAAUCUCUGCUUGGCAAUACAGCUAAAAUUGGGGAAGUGAUUGUUCUAGGAAUGAUAACCCAGCUGAAGGAGGGAAAAUUUUUCUUGGAAGAUCCUACAGGGAUUGUCCAGCUGGAGCUUAGUAAAGCACAGUUCCACAGCGGCUUGUAUACCGAGUCAUGCUUUGUUUUGGCUGAAGGUUGGUAUGAGGAUCAAGUAUUUCAUGUGAAUGCUUUUGGAUUUCCACCCACUGAGCCUUCGGCUAUCACAAGGUCAUAUUAUGGGAACAUAAACUUUUUUGGAGGGCCUUGCUCGACUUCAGUAAAAGCAUCUGCAAAACUGAAACAACUGGAAGAUGAAAAUGUAGAUGCUAUGUUUGUCUUUGUUUCUGAUGUUUGGCUGGACCAAGCAGAAGUGUUAGAAAAGCUUCACACUAUGUUUUCAGGUUAUUCUGCUGCACCUCCAACUUGCUUUUUCUUUUGUGGAAAUUUUUCAUCUGCGCCAUUUGGGAAUAAUCAGAUUCAGUCACUAAAAGGUUCCCUGAAGACUCUUGCAGACAUAAUUUGUGAAUAUCCCAACAUUCAUAAAAGCAGCCGAUUUGUGUUCAUUCCUGGCCCUGAAGAUCCUGGUCCUGGUCCUAUUUUACCACGGCCACCGCUAGCAGAAUGCAUCACUCAGGAAUUCAAGGAGCUGGUGCCAUUUUCCGUUUUCACUACAAAUCCUUGCAGGGUACAGUACUGCACACAAGAAAUCAUCAUCUUUCGUGAAGAUUUAGUAAACAAGAUGUGCAGAAACUGUGUCCACUUUCCUAGCAGCAACUUGGAUGUUCCUAACCAUUUUGUAAAGACUAUUUUAUCUCAAGGACACCUGACUCCACUUCCACUUUACGUCAGUCCUGUAUAUUGGGCUUAUGACUAUACCCUGAGAGUGUAUCCUGUGCCAGAUAUGGUUGUCAUUGCAGACAAAUAUGACCCCUUCACUGUCAACAAUGCUGACUGCAUUUGCAUAAAUCCUGGUUCUUUCCCAAAGAGCGGAUUUUCAUUCAAGGUGUUCUAUCCCUCCAACAGAACAGUUGAAGACAGCAAACUACAGGAUCUUUGAAACUUCACUGACAAAUGAAGCAUUCUGUUCCAACAUGCUGCAGUGCUAUUUUUUUGUUGUUUUAUAUGGAUUAAUUUUAUAAUAAUUUACAUAUUAUUCUGUACUGAAUGCCAGCAUUUUUGUAAAUAAAUACUUACAUAAAAUAA